UGGGACUAAAAUUGUGUGCAAAUCGAAAUCAAAAAUGAAUCCCUUUGGAGUAGCCAUCACAGAUGAGACCUUGAGGCAAAUGGCAAAAUAUCGAAACAAGAAAAUAACACAAGAAGAUAGAGCAAGAGAGGCGAUGAGAUUGAUCCAUGCUGAAGACAAGAACCUCAAUGCUCUUCAGCAUGUAUUGGAUCUCAAGGAUAAGUAUGGUAGUGGAGUUUCCACAUUAUGCCUUGUGUAUAAUGCUACUGGAAACACCCUGCAACUUGUGGAGCAAAAAGAUUGGCUUGGUUAUGUGUACAAUGAACAACCUCCAACAUCCUUUGAAAAUGGUCAGUGGCUCGCUUUCCUCCACGCCCACCCGUCCUCUCAGGCCUUAGGCUGCGAAGCUGUUCGUGUUUACCGCGGUCAGAAUGUCCAUGGAGAGGUUCGUGACUACAUGAUAGCUUGGUCUGCCCCUUGGGGUCCUGACUACCAGAACUCGGCAUAUACCGAGGUCCGUGAAAAGGAUCAUUUUCCCCAAUAUUGGUCUUACAUAAAGGGGUUGCUCGAAAAGGCCGAAAAAAUAACAACUGAUGAAACCGAUAAAAAUUGUGCAUCGGCCGUGGGAAUUGGUGGCCUUACUUCUCCGGAAUUCAUUGCAAUUCUCAAGCACAAAUUUAGCCCACAACCAUGAGCUACAAUCAUCAUAUUGCUGCCAUCGAAUAAAUUAAUUUAAUCUCCAGUCAUGAGUUACGAACAUCAUGACAUUGAAUAAAUGUAAUAUGAGGGUUGUAUAAGUUUUUACUAUUUCCAAAAUAAUUACCAGAUAGACACUCUGGUAUUGUGUGAACUUCUGUAUUUUCUAAUUCUGGUGUUGGAGAUCUAGGCUCCAUAUAGAUCUCCAACAAGUAUUUUAUGUAUUUUAUCAUGAAAUGAAAUAAAUUUAUUCUA